AUGGGUGUGGUGAGUGUUUCUGCUUGCCUUGCCUCUCUACUCAUCUCACUAAUGUGGGUAGCUGAAGCAAGAAUCCCAGGGGUGUACAGUGGGGGUGCAUGGGAAGCAGCUCAUGCCACCUUCUACGGAGGCUCUGAUGCCUCUGGCACCAUGGGUGGGGCUUGUGGAUAUGGAAAUCUCUACAGCCAAGGCUAUGGCGUGAGCACAGCUGCGCUGAGCACUGCCCUCUUCAACAAUGGCCUCAGCUGCACUGUGCCACUCCAGCACCAGCUCAUGAUGUCCAGAUCAACGUCCGCCAACUCUGGCUUCGUUCCCAUGGCCUUGUCUUUGGGCAACGGAGACUUUGACCGCUCCAACAACGACGUCGUCCAGGGUUCCUCCUCCUUUAAAUCUCCCAAUCCUGUGGGAGGUGAGGGGGCUUCUUCUGUUCAAACCCUGUUCAAUUGGUUCUCUGGAUCACUGCAUGGGGGGGCUACUACUCAGUCUCCCAAUCAGCAUUUUCACCAACCUCAGGGAGGCUCGCUGCAGGCACAGAACUAUGGAGGUCCAGGGGCGGCGAUGAACCAAGGUCCGGCGAGUGGCUCGGGUGGGGGCGGGGGUGCACCCGCACAAGCCAGACCCAGAGUCAGGGCGAGGAGAGGCCAAGCCACUGACCCACACAACAUCGCUGAAAGAUUACGGAGAAAGAGAAUCGCAGAGAGAAUGAAGGCUCUGCAGGAGCUGGUUCCCAAUGCGAACAAGAACCAAGUUUGCUCAUAG